AUGAAUUUGGGGAGUACAGCAUCAUCAGAUGAAGCAGCAUCAGAUGUAGCAUCAUCAGAUGAAGCAUCAUCAGAUGAAGCAUCAUCAGACGAAGCAUCAUCAGAUGAAGCAUCAUCAGAUGAAGCAUCAUCAGACGAAGCAUCAUCAGACGAAGCAUCAUCAGACGAAGCAGCAUCAGAUGAAGCAUCAUCAGAUGAAGCAUCAUCAGACGAAGCAUCAUCAGAUGAAGCAUCAUCAGACGAAGCAUCAUCAGAUGAAGCAUCAUCAGAUGAAGCAUCAUCAGACGAAGCAUCAUCAGAUGUAGCAUCAUCAGACGAAGCAUCAUCAGAUGUAGCAUCAUCUGAUGAAGCAUCAUCAGAUGUAGCAUCAUCAGACGAAGCAUCAUCAGAUGAAGCAUCAUCAGAUGAAGCAUCAUCAGACGAAGCAUCAUCAGAUGUAGCAUCAUCAGACGAAGCAUCAUCAGAUGUAGCAUCAUCUGAUGAAGCAUCAUCAGAUGUAGCAUCAAUUAUGCUAGAGAAACUUUGA